AUGAAAGGCUGGAUUCCAACUAAACUAUCAUUGAUCACGCUAUUGUCUUCUUCACGUCAUCCAAGACCGCUGACAUCGUCUCACUGUCAGCUAUUACUGGUGGACGCACAAUCAACUCGACAGUUAAAGUACGUUGGAACAGGAGAUCCUACGCGGCAAAGUCUCUGUGAGGAGAAGACAACGGAUGUGGGUGAAGAUGGAAAAUUGGUGGAAACAUUCUUCACAGUCGGAGAGAGCACUGCCAUCCCUGAGAGCGACGUUUUGAGUGAAAGAGGAGACGAGAUUGUGGCAAGGGAGAAUUCGAAUCGAACGAAUGCAGACAACUGCGAACUGGUGGAGCAAAUAAGGUUAAUGAGGUUAGCCACCGUAGGCGCAUUUCGGGAUCUCGAGAAAAAGAUGGAUAGGAUGGAGCACCGCCACGAGCGACGCGUAAUCGCGCUACAGGCGGAGAUUCGAGAACUUAAAGAGCAACUAAGUUGUCGGUCAACAGAGAGCGGAUUGGACUUCUCGAUUUUCUCUCAAGAUCGACUCGAGGCUCUGUUGUCUCUCAAGCACGGGAGUAUUACGAAGUUCGCUCUAGCAGUAGAGCAGGAACUGUUCGAAGACAACCCUUUGGAGCUACUUAAGAAUGUGGAGGAUAGAAUAUACUCAGCAAAAAGAAAUCGACUACUUGCAAAAGGUGAUAUUUUCUACUCAUAUAUAAAUGAAGGCAUAAUGGGGAAAAAGUGCUAUCUCCAUGGAAAAAUUUCCAUAUCAUAG